AUGGAAAGAGGUGAAGAUGAUGAUAUUCCAACACCAAGUACAAGUCGUUCAAAUAGUAUUAGUGAGGAUGAAGAAAAACCAUCUUUACCCUCUUCGUCACUUCCAGCUGAAGAAACAAUUCAAUCUGAAUCUUCUCCUACAAAAGAUGAUACAUCUAGUAAUGUUGCUGACCAAAUAAGGACAACAGUAGCAGCAAAACAAGCUACAUUCGUAUCAAGUUCUUCUUCAUCAGAAUCCGAGCCCGACUUUGUUGAUGUGACUAAAAAUGAUUUCACUCAAGAUGGUUCAGCAUCAAAUAAUGCCGUAAGUUUUGCUAACUGGCUGAUGCGCUCAAAUGAUUGCUUUAUGUAA